AUGGCAGUUGAAGCAGAUGCUGCGGCUGCGAAGCAGGCGCAGGAGAUGCCCGAGUACAUCGUUUCCCUCGGGGUGUCCGCGUCCACGUCGGCGGCGGCGUUGCUGGCGGAGCCGGUGCCGGAAAUGGAGUCAGCGGAGCUGCUCACGGAGGGGUUGCAGGCAGUGUCGAUGCUCGCGCUGGUGUCGACGGCCGUGGUGCAACAGAAGCAGGAGCAGGACAUCGAAUGCGGCCGUGAUCUCGGGGGAGUCCCUCUGGACAGCAGCGGCUGUAAAAGCUGGGCGGUGACGUGGUUUUGGACGGCGGCUGCGUCCCCCGCCCGGUACGGCGGAAGCAGCAGCAACACGAUGAGGUGGACGACGGCGGCGCGCCGAUGGAAGGAGCAGGAGGAGGCCAAACCAGACGAAGAAGUGGAGGGGCUGGCCCGCAUGGAAGCGCUUGGCGCUGGUCUGCGCACUGAGAAGGAGAGGGGCAUCUCGGCAGCCGCCAAUGCAAGCGCGCUAGGCGCAGCGCCGAGCAGCACCAGGAGACUGAACGGAGACGUGGGAACAGUCGCUCGGCAGCAGUUGGUGCGGUUCGAGAAGAGUGCUGGUAUUGGCGUCUCGUCGUUGAACUUCAUCGGGCAGACGCAGUCCAGCGAGUGGGAACACGCCGCCAUCGUCAAGUUCGCCGCCGCCACCGCCGAGUUCGGCAUCCUCGACGUCUGCGACGGGUGCUGGAACGUCUGCUGCGGGUGGAGCACCGAGUGUGCAGCAAGUGGCGACGUCUGCGGCUACAUUCUGGACCUGGUGGUGGACUUGCUGGAGCUGGUGGUCACGUCGCCGUUGUUGGUGGGCAUGUUGCCGGAGUGUCCGGAGGUUAUGUCGCCAGUGCUGGUGGUCAUGUCGCUGGUCUCUCGGGAGGUCAAGUUGCUGGUGUUGGAGAUCACGCUGCUGGAGCUUACGUUCCUGUGGGUGCACUUGGUGCUGGAGUUGCGCCAAGCAGUGGCGUUGGUCUUGCCGCUGGUGGAGCUUGUGCACACGGUGCUGGAGUACCUCAGGUCGGACUUGGAGUGCAGCAUCCCGGUGUUGGAGCCCCUCAACCCGGAUUGA